AUGGUCAAGAAGAUCACAAUCUACACUGCAUUCGGACAUUUCCUCCAGAUGGUUGAACGUCAAGCUGAAGAAGAAAAGGAGCAAGUGAAGGAAUUGGAUACUGAUCGUUGCCCGAUGGAUCAUCCAUUGAGUGACUAUCAGAAUGCUCUCCAAUCGACUCAGGACCUCCAAGUUCGUUCGUGUCCAGUGGAUCAAUCGGUUCAAAUCGACGAAAUCAUGAAGAAAUCAGCCAGUUGUCCAUCUCUUCCAUUCAAUUUCUCUCAUCCAAUUGAUCCUAUUCAAAUGACAAUUUCUCCAGUUCCAACUUCAAUCGAAUCCAAAAAAUUGAAUGAGGCAACUGAGAUGAUGAUGUCAUUCUGGAAGGUUCAUGUCACAUCACGCAAACCAAAAUCUGAAAGAGAAGAGCAAAUUUCAUCGAUUUUCGAGAAACUCGAAGGAUUAUUUGCUGUUUCAUCCACUACAUCCGUGGCUUCAAUGUUUGGAAAGUUUGAAGAAUACAUUGAAGAAAUGAAGAGAGAGGAAUUGCCAAAGAAAGAUAAAUCUCUUAUCUGGAAUUCACCGGAUCAACCAACAAUUCCACAACUUCCAGUUUUUGUGAAGUCCCCAGUUGAUUCGUUGAAAUUCUAUAAGGGAACUCAUACACAAACUGCUGAGAUGGCUGAUGACGAACUGUCUGAAUUGACUCAUUAUGCUUCUGCUAACACGUCGACAGUCUCUUCUCCUACAACAUCUCAUUCUUCCGGUUCAUCGUCAUCUUCUGGUUCCACAACUACCAUCAUUGCCCGUCCAAAUCGUCUUCAGACGGAAAUUCGUUUGCAACAAGCAGUCAUUGAAGAGCAGAAGAAGAUUAUUGAUGGACUUUACAGCCUUCAAACUCUUAGUCGCAGAUUGAAAAAUGUCCGUAAAUAG